GGGAUCUAACUGUCAGGCACGGGACUGGCUGACUAGAGCACUGGAGCCAAGGUCUCCUAAUAUAAGCGUUAGGAUUUAGUUUCACUAACUACGCUACGGACUGCUCUCUCCUCUCCUCUAGAGCCAAGACACAAUGAAGAAUGUUUACCAGGCAUCAGAGAAGGAGAGCAUCUCAGGGCUGUCUAUCAGGAAAAUAAGUGAGAGUAUCAUAUGGAAUUCUGAAUCUAAUGCUGCCAUGGAGAUGAAUCCAGAUGGUCUACUGUCCCUGGACUACAGAGAAGAGGACCCCCCUCCCAACAAACACCUCAAGUACCACACCAGCCUGCAGAACAUGAUCCCAUUCCGCUUCUCAAACAAGUCCAACCCCAUGGACGAUGCAGGCUUCUUCUCCUUCACCUCGUUUGCCUGGAUGACUCCCAUGAUGUGGAGCCUGUUCAGGAACCGACUGGACAAGAGCUCCCUCUCGCUGUCUUCUCAUGAUGGGGCCGACACCAAUGGGAAAAGGUUUGAGAGGCUUUGGGAGGACGAGGUGGCCAAGGUGGGAAAACAGAACGCUUCUUUAGGUCGGGUCUUCAUGCGUUUCCAAAGGACUAGAUUACUAGUGGCGUUCCUCAUCUCCAUCCUGUUCACGCUUUCUGUAUUUAUUGGACCAGCGGUUCUGGUGUAUGAGAUCCUGAACUAUGCAGAGGCCCCUGGGGCAUCUACACUGGUCCAUGGUGUCGGUCUGUGUGUGGCUCUGUUCAUCUCAGAGUUCUCUAAAGCCUUCUUCAGCUCUCUACUGUGGGCGGUUAGCCUGAGGACAGCCAUCAGGGUGAAGAGUGCCUUCUCCACUAUCGCCUUCCAGAAGAUCAUCUCUCUUAGAUCCGUCGCCAACAUCUCCGUGGGAGAGAUGAUCAACGUGCUGACCAGUGAUAGCCACAGGAUGUUUGAGGCGGUGGUGUUUGGUACCUUUCUGCUGUGUAUCCCCGUGCUGCUGACUGUCUGCAUCGUCUACGCCUGUACCCUGGGAUACACCGCCCUCAUCGGAGUCUCUGUCUACCUCAUAUUCAUCCCCAUCCAGUUUGCCAUGGCCAGACUGACCAGUAUUAUGUUCAGGAGGAAAGCGGUGAGCGUCACAGACACUCGUGUCCGCACCAUGAACGAGGUUCUCACCUGCAUCAAACUCAUCAAGAUGUAUGCCUGGGAGACCUCCUUCGAGAAGAAAAUCACCGACAUCAGGAAGAAUGAGAAGCAGCUGCUGGAGACGGCCGGCUACACCCAGAGUAUUAACUCCUCCAUCACAACCAUCAUCCCCACCCUGGCAACCAUCCUCACCUUCGUAGUCCACACCCUGCUGGGUCUGCCCCUCGGCACCUCUGAAGUGAGCUUUUACAUCGCCAUCUUUAACUCCAUGCGGUUCUUCCUGGGUUUGCUGCCGUUCUCUGUCAAAGCCCUAGCUGAGGGACAGGUAUCGCUAGCCCGGCUAAAGAAACUGCUGAUGACACAGAACCCGGAGUCGUACCUGGUCCAGAGGCAUGGGUCCCUCUCGGCCCUGGUCAUGGAGGGAGGCAAGGUGGAACCACAGGGCCAGAACGGGACUCACACACCGGGCAAGACCGGAGGUCAUGCCCACCCCUGAAACAUCUCCUUUAACCUGCCUAAGGGAAACCUGCUUGGUAUCUGUGGCAACGUGGGGAGCGGAAAGACAUCGCUGAUAUCGAGCAUCUUAGAACAGAUGCACCUGCAGCAGGGUUUGGUCACAGCAGACGGAGCGUUUGCCUACGUUUCACAGCAGGCCUGGAUCUUCCACGGUACGGUACGAGACAACAUCUUGAUGGGAGAAACCUUCAACCAGGCCAGAUAUAGGACAGUGAUCAGUGCCUGUAGCCUGACACCAGAUCUGGCUGUUCUUCCCUAUGGGGACCAAACUGAGAUAGGAGAGCGAGGCCUGAACCUGUCUGGCGGUCAGAAGCAGAGGAUCAGUUUGGCCAGAGCGGUCUACUCCAACAAAGACAUCUUCCUGCUGGACGACCCUCUGUCUGCCGUGGACGCCCACGUAGGGAAACACAUCUUCGAGGAGUGCAUCAAGAAGACACUGAAGGGGAAGAGUAUCAUCCUGGUCACCCAUCAACUACAGUAUCUGGAGUUCUGUGACGAGGUACUGGUGUUGGAGAGUGGAACGAUUAAGGAGGCAGGGACACACAAAGCUCUGAUGAAAGCUAAGGGCCGAUACGCACAGAUGAUCAACAACUUCCAGAUGGAGCAUUCACAGGAACAAACUGAGGAGGAGCCGGUACAACCACACCCCAUCGACAUGAAGGGGGAGGACCUGGACGAUCACAGGGGAAAUGGAAUAGAAAACCCAGCUUUUGACAUGUCUGACGAGAAGCCAGAAGAGUUGGGAGGAAGGGAAUCGGUGUCACGUGACUCUAAGGACCAGCUGGUGACCCAGGAGGGUUCUCAGGAGGGUUCUGUUACCUGGAGGACCUACCACCAGUACUGCAAAGCGGCAGGAGGGUACAUACUGCUGUCUCUCAUCAUCAUCAUCUUCAUCUGCCUGGUGGGGACCACUGCCUUCAGCAACUGGUGGCUCAGCUACUGGCUGGAGCAGGGAUCAGGGACAGCGAACGUGUCGAUGUCCGACGCAGGGAACAUCUCCCUGAACCCUGACCUGAGCUUCUACCAGAUGGUUUACGGCCUGGUGGUGGUGGCCAUGCUGGUGUUCAGCUUCAUCAAGGGCUACUCUUUCACCAAAGUCACGCUUCACGCAUCCUCCAAGCUACACGACACCAUGUUCAGAAACAUCCUGAGCAGCCCCAUGAGUUUCUUUGACACCACCCCGACGGGCCGCAUGGUGAACCGCUUCUCCAAGGACCAGGAUGAGGUGGACACCAUGCUGCCCUUCAACAUGGAGAACUUCCUGCAGUUCUGCCUGAUGGUCACCUACACCAUCGUCACCAUCACAGCCGUGUUCCCUCCGCUGCUCAUCGCCAUCACGCUGCUGGGGGCCAUCUUCACGCUGAUACUCUAUAUAUUCCAGAGGAGCAUCAGAGAGAUGAAGAGGAUGGAGAAUGUGAGUCGUUCCCCCUGGAUCUCCCUGACCACUUCCACCAUCCAGGGCCUCAGCACCAUCCACGCAUACAACAAGGGAGAGCAGUACCUCCAGCAGUUUAAGGAGAUGAGCGACAACAACUCCAACCACUUCCUGUUGUUUAACUGUGGGACGCGCUGGCUGUCCUUCUGGCUGGACUUUCUGUCCGCCUCAGUCACUCUGAUGGUGGCUCUGUUCGUGGUGCUCAGUUCUCCUGAUACCAUCAGCCCUGCUAUGAAGGGCCUGGCGCUGUCAUACACCAUACAGUUGACAGGUAUGCUCCAGUACGUGGUAAGGCUGUCUACCGAGCUGGAGGCCAAGUUCCUGUCUGUGGAGAGGCUACAGGAGUACAUCGAGGGUUGUGUGUCUGAGGCGCCCAGGAGAGUUAAAGACGCCCUCAUCCCAGAGGGUUGGCCUGAUAAAGGGGCCAUCACCUUUAAGGACUACACAAUGAGGUACAGAGAGAACACCCCCAUCGUGCUCGACGGACUGCAGCUCAACAUCCAGCCCAGAGAGAAGCUGGGCAUCGUGGGGAGAACAGGCUCCGGGAAGUCUUCUUUAGGAGUAGCCCUGUUCCGCCUGGUGGAACCAGCUGCAGGGACGAUCUUCAUAGAUGGGGUGGACACCAGCCUUAUCGGCCUGGAGGACCUCCGCAGUAAACUGUCGGUCAUCCCCCAGGACCCGGUCCUAUUCAUCGGCACUGUCAGGUAUAAUCUGGAUCCUUUCGACAACUAUAGUGAUGAGGACGUCUGGUCUGCUCUGGAGAAGACCUACAUGAAACAAACAAUCUCCAGUCUCCCUGAGAAGCUGCGGUCUGAGGUUGUGGAGAACGGGGAGAACUUCUCUGUAGGAGAAAGACAGCUGAUGUGUAUGGCCAGAGCACUGCUACGAAACUCCAAGAUCAUCUUGUUGGAUGAGGCGACAGCGUCGAUCGACUCAGAGACAGACUCCCUGAUCCAGCACACCAUCAGAGAGGCCUUCCAGGACUGCACCAUGCUCACCAUCGCUCACCGCAUCAACACUGUCCUGGAGUCAGACCGCAUCCUGGUCAUGGACGCUGGAAAGGCGGUUGAGUUUGACAGUCCAGAGGUCCUGAUGCAGAGACCAGAUUCUCAGUUUGCAGCUCUCCUGGCUGCAGCCAACACCGUCAACACGUGAUCCUGGCCCAGGUCUGGGCACCCCCACAUCUGAAGUCUGGACACACCCCCAUCUGUAGUCUGGACACACCCCCAUCUGAUGUCUGGACACACCCCCAUCUGAAGUCUCCCCCCCCCCCCUGUCCUUAACUGUCCUUAACUGUCGGACCACCCCACCCCUCAACACUUUCUCUGUUUUCCACAGACACACAUGAAUCUGCACGUGGCUGCAUGCAGGCUUACCCACACACACAGGGAAUGGUCUGUCCUGAAGCCUAGGGCAUUAGCCUCAUGCUAGCAUUGACUAAGGAGGCUGUAUCAGGCAGUAACACCAUUAUGAAGUGACAUAACAGCAGUAAUACCAUUAUGAAGUGACAAAACAGCAGUAACACCAUUAUGAAGUGACAUAACAGCAGUAAUACCAUUAUGAAGUGACAAAACAGCAGUAACACCAUUAUGAAGUGACAAAACAGCAGUAACACCAUUAUGAAGUGACAUAACAGCAGUAACACCAUUAUGAAGUGACAUAACAGCAGUAACACCAUUAUGAAGUGACAUAACAGCAGUAACACCAUUAUGAAGUGACAUAACAGCAGUAACACCAUUAUGAAGUGACAUAACAGCAGGAACACCAUUAUGAAGUGACAUAACAGCAGUAACACCAUUAUGAAGUGACAAAACAGCAGUAACACCAUUAUGAAGUGACAAAACAGCAGUAACACCAUUAUGAAGUGACAUAACAGCAGUAACACCAUUAUGAAGUGACAUAACAGCAGUAACACCAUUAUGAAGUGACAUAACUUUGUCUUUGAUAUGAUUCACAGCACUUUGUCUUUGAUAUGAUUCACAGCAUUGUAAAUAGGCAGUAAAGAGGAUUUAUUUUUGAUAAUCCUGGGUGAACGUUAGCCUGGCUACCAAACCUGUUUGUGCUGUCAUUCCACUCCUUGCCAUUACUUGUCAAAUGCCAAUGAGUGGCAAGGAGUGGAAUGACAGCACAAAUGGUAUCCAGGCUAGGUGAAGGAAACGUCACAGUGAAAUCUCAUUCUCAUGUAAUAGAUGCACAGAUUCCUGCAAAACUGAUGAUGAUGAUGAUGAUGAUGAUGAUUAUUAUACGUGGUGAAAUGACCUGUUAUGUGUCUUAAUCUCUUGAUAUUUAUUUAAAAGUAUAUUUAUUAGAUGUUCUAUGUCUCUGAAUUGAAAGUUUAUGUGAAAGUGUCAAAGAUAAAGUAGUGAACACAGUGUACAAAAAUCUUCUGUACAUAGCUAUAUAUAUAUAUAUAUAUACUAUAUAUCCUGGAUGGAUGGUUAUUACAUCUCAUGGGCUUUUGUUUGGAUGAGUCUGAGAAUGUGUAACUCUUCCAUCUUCAACGCAUAGUGUUUUAAAUUUGAUUGUUAGUUGAUUCGAAUAUAUCCCAAAUCACUGUUAUACUUCAGCUGUUUUUACCUCAAUAAAGCACAACUCAAACUUG